CCCAACCAGCUCUGACCGGACUGUCAGAAGAACAGGAAGACUUUCUUCAGCGCUAGAGACGUUAGUCGCUUCCCCCUGUCAUUCAGGGGUUAAAAAGUUAACCAAACUUGUAAGCAGUCAUGGAAACUAAUUUGGGAUACGCGGUCGGGCCAAGUCAUCCGUAAUACCAACUCGUCGCCCGUGUUGUAGUCGCUUUAACAACUCGUGGAAGUGGGAAGAGCGGAGUUUUUUUCUUUCCUGAGACUUUACCUACUGUAGUCAGACGAGCUAGCCUAGCAAGCUAACGGUUAGCUUAGUUAGUACCGCAUACUUUCGAGACUUGAAAUACACAUUGUUUAAAUCUUCGGCUUGUGUUACAUGUUAAUGCUGGUGGAAUAAGUCAUCAUUUGUGUUUUACAAACGCAACAGGUUGGUUUUGUACUUUUCGACCCGAGGAGUUGGGGCUGUGCUUUGAAUUUCCCUCCUUCAGUGAUACAGACAGGCGGCUUAGCUAGGGGCUCGUUCGGUGUAACAGUUGGCUCUCUACCAAAUCAUUAGCACCGUUGUGCUAAUUGUUGCUAAGUUAGCCAGGGCACUAGCAUAGGCCCAGGGGAAUUAACUGUUUGCUUUUUCGCAAAGUCAGGAAACACCGACGGGAGAAACAUUUACUUUGUUUUUUCACGUUUGAGUACCGGGAAAUUAAAGACACACGGGUUUAUUUUGACACCCAAUUCAAGGGAACGGAUUACGCUAUAAAUAUGGAUCCAAACACGGGGAACUCUGCCUCAGCUGCUGGUCCCAAGAAGGACAAGAAAUCAAAGAAGAGCAUUGAGGAUGGAGAUGGGAAAAAGAAAUUUAAACUCAAACGCCUGAUUCCUGAUGAGUUGGAGCGUUUCACCAGCAUGAGGAUGAAAAAGGACAAGGAGAAGCCUGGCCAUGUGCCAAAUCAGCGUCACUCUUCAGCUGCCAGCUAUGAGAUCAACCCUCAGAGUGCCAUGCUGCAUGAUCAUUCUGAUGAAUACGUACUGGAACUCUUUGAACAGAUGCUGGUGGAUAUGAACCUGAACGAGGAGAAGCAGCAGCCGCUGAGGGAAAAAGACAUUAUGAUCAAACGAGAGAUGGUCUCCCAGUACCUCCACACGUCUAAAGCUGGUCAGAACCAGAAGGAGAGCUCCAAAUCAGCCAUGAUGUACAUCCAGGAGUUGAAGUCAGACUACCGAGACACACAGCUGCUGAGCUGUCUGGAAUCUCUGCGAGUCUCACUCAAUAACAACCCCGUCAGUUGGGUGCAGAACUUUGGAGAUGAGGGUCUGGCCCUGUUGCUGAAUCUGCUGAGAAGACUGCAGGAAGACAAAGACGAGUACCCAAUGAUGGGAGUGAAAUGUCAACACGAGAUCAUUCGCUGUCUAAAAGCCUUUAUGAACAACAAGUACGGUCUUAAAUCCAUGCUGGAGUCAGAUGAGGGAAUUCCUCUGCUGGUCAGAGCCAUCAACCCCAGGGUGCCUCAUAUGAUGGUGGAUGCUGUCAAGCUGCUCUCUGCCAUUUCAAUUUUGGAACAUCCUGAGAACCUUCAUGAGCGUGUUUUGGAGGCCAUUACAGAGGAGGCAGAGAGGCGGGACAUCGAGAGGUUCCAGCCUCUGCUUGCUGGCAUGAAAAACCACAACAUCGCUCUUAAGGGUGGCUGUAUGCAGCUAAUCAACGCCUUGAUCAGCCGGGGAGAAGAGUUGGACUUUAGGAUCCAUAUUCGCUCUGAACUGCUAAGACUGGGACUCAGAGACCUGCUGACGGAGGUGCGGAUGAUAGAAAACGAAGAGCUGAGGGUGCAACUCACGGUGUUUGAUGAGCAGGCUGAAGAUGACUCUGAGGACCUCAAAGCACGUCUUGAUGACAUCCGCAUUGAGAUGGACGAUGUGAGGGAAGUGUUUGAGAUCAUAGUGAACACUGUGAAGGACUCCAAGGCCGAAACCCACUUCCUGUCCCUGAUGCAGCACCUGCUGCUGAUCCGUAAUGACUAUUUGGCUAGGCCUCAGUACUACAAGUUGAUAGACGAGUGUAUCGCUCAGAUCGUGCUUCACAGAAAUGGAGCGGACCCUGACUUCAAAUGCCGUAACCUCAGCCUCAACGUUGAAAGCUUGAUAGACAACAUGGUGGACCAGACCAAGGUGGAAACCAGCGAAGCGAAAGCAACUGAGCUGGGGAAGAAGCUGGAUACAGAGUUGACAGCACGCCACGAGUUGCAGGUGGAGCUGAAGAAACUGGAGGGCGACUAUGAGCAGAAGCUGCAGGACUUGAGCCAAGAGAAGGAACAGCUGGCCACUUCUAAGCUGGAGCGAGAAAAGGAGAACCAGGGACUACAACAACAGCUAGGCACUCUGCAACAGCAGAUUGAAAAGCUCUCUAAAGAUCUGGAAGAGGCCAAGACUAAAGUUGUCACAGUUACUGUCCCUGUGCCAACACCAGGUUUGCCCCCUCCACCUCCCGCCCCUCCGCUCCCUGGCCAGAAUGUAGGUAUGCCCCCUCCACCUCCACCCCUUCCAGGCCACGCAAGCAUCCCCGCCCCGCCACCCCCUCCUCCUUUACCGGGUCACGCCGGUAUUCCUCCUCCUCCUCCUCCACCUCCUUUACCAGGCAUGCCUGGACCUCCGCCACCCCCGCCCCUCCCUGGCAUGUCAGGACCACCACCCCCUCCACCCUUACCUGGGAUGGGACCUCCACCACCCCCACCACCUCCUGGGUUUCCCGGUGUCCCUCCUCCGCCGCCGGGUCCAGGCAUGCCUCCACCUCCACCAUUUGGCUGGGGGGCCCCUGCACCACCCACGCUGCCUUAUGGACUCCAGCCUAAGAAGGAGUACAAGCCUGAGGUCCAGCUGAAGAGAGCCAACUGGAGCAAGAUCGGACCUGAGGACCUCUCUGAGAAGAGUUUCUGGACCAAGGCGAAAGAGGAGAAAUUCGAAAACAAUGAGCUCUUUGCCAAACUCACCUUAACCUUCUCCUCACAGAAGACCACUAAAGCUCGACUUCACUCUUCCUCAUCCUCCUGUUCCUCCUCCUGCACCCCCCAUUCCUCGUUACCCAGCAAACAGACCGACACCACACCGAGCCACCGCUGA